AUGCACCACGGAACAUGCCCCACGGAACAUGCACCACGGAACAUGCCCCACGGAACAUGCCCCACGGAACAUGACCCACGGAACAUGCCCCACGGAACAUGCCCCACGGAACAUGACCCACGGAACAUGCCCCACGGAACAUGCCCCACGGAACAUGCCCCACGGAACAUGCCCCACGGAACAUGCCCCACGGAACAUGACCCACGGAACAUGCCCCACGGAACAUGCCCCACGGAACAUGCCCCACGGAACAUGCCCCACGGAACAUGCCCCACGGAACAUGCCCCACGGAACAUGCCCCACGGAACAUGCCCCACGGAACAUGCCCCACGGAACAUGCCCCACGGAACAUGCCCCACGGAACAUGCCCCACGGAAAAUGCCCCACGGAACAUGCCCCACGGAACAUGCCCCACGGAACAUGCCCCACGGAACAUGCCCCACGGAACAUGCCCCACGGAACAUGCCCCACGGAACAUGCCCCACGGAACAUGACAAACGGAACAUGCCCCACGGAACAUGCCCCACGGAACAUGCCCCACGGAACAUGACAAACGGAACAUGCCCCACGGAACUUGCCCGAUGGAACAUGCCCCACAGAACAUGCCCCACGGAACAUGCUCCGUGGAACAUGCCCCACGGAACAUGCCCCACGGAACAUGCCCCACGGAACAUGCCCCACGGAACAUGCCCCACGGAACAUGCCCCACGGAACAUGCUCCACGGAACAUGCCCCACGGAACAUGCCCCACGGAACAUGCUCCACGGAACAUGCCCCACGGAACAUGCUCCAUGGAAUAUGCCCCACGGAACAUGCCCCACGGAACAUGCCCCACGGAAUAUGCCCCAUGGAACAUGCCCCACGGAACAUGCCCCACAGAACAUGCCCCACGGAACAUGCACCACGGAACAUGCCCCACGGAACAUGCACCACGGAACAUGCCCCACGGAACAUGACCCACGGAACAUGCCCCACGGAACAUGCCCCACGGAACAUGACCCACGGAACAUGCCCCACGGAACAUGCCCCACGGAACAUGCCCCACGGAACAUGCCCCACGGAACAUGCCCCACGGAACAUGCCCCACGGAACAUGACCCACGGAACAUGCCCCACGGAACAUGACCCACGGAACAUGCCCCACGGAACAUGCCCCACGGAACAUGCCCCACGGAACAUGCCCCACGGAACAUGCCCCACGGAACAUGACCCACGGAACAUGCCCCACGGAACAUGCCCCACGGAAAAUGCCCCACGGAACAUGCCCCACGGAACAUGCCCCACGGAACAUGCCCCACGGAAAAUGCCCCACGGAACAUGCCCCACGGAAAAUGCCCCACGGAACAUGCCCCACGGAACAUGCCCCACGGAAAAUGCCCCACGGAACAUGCCCCACGGAACAUGCCCCACGGAAAAUGCCCCACGGAACAUGCCCCUCGGAACAUGCCCCACGGAACAUGCCCCACGGAACAUGCACCACAGAACAUGCCCCACGGAACAUGCCCCGCGGAACAUGCCCCACGGAACAUGCCCCACGGAACAUGCCCCACGGAACAUGCCCCACGGAACUUGCCCCACGGAACAUGCCCCACGGAACAUGCCCCACGGAACAUGCCCCACGGAACAUGCCCCACGGAACAAGCCUGGGUGUAGGCUACUUGCCUCCCAGAAGCCAUGGUCCGCGUGGGUCACGUGA